AUGCAACAUACAACGGAUCCCGCAUUUGGUGGCGGCAUAUCACUUGUUCCGGUGGACCCGGAAACAAGACGACAGCGCACACAGCAAGAGACGAAUUUGCUGAGUUUGAUCAAUCCGACAUUGGCAGCCAGCUUUGGAAAUACUCAAGUGCAUGACUCUCAGCUUGUUGAGGAACCUGCUGCAGAGGAAGAAGACGAAGAUGGUGAUGUAGAUAUAGCAACCGACUCUGAAGAAGGCGAACUAGACAUCCCAAAGCCGCUACCAAAAGUCCUUACGGCGGCACAAAAAAAGAAGAAAUGGCGCCAGGCCCGCGUCCUGUCCAAAGGCAGGGGUUGCGUGCUCUACACUAUUUCACCAGACGACGUCAAACCCCACGAAUCAACUGUUACCUGGGACCGAGAACCUGAGAUCUUGUGCAGCUACAACUGGUCCGGCACUAACGAUGGUAGCAAUACCAUUUUCGUUCCCGGUGGUCCCUCUAGAUGGACCCCGCAAGCCAUCCCGUACACUGUCCCUGGAGACUUAGGUUUCCACCCCACAGACUACAAUUAUGUGCGACAGCCUCGUGACCCUUUCUCAGCCGUCUUUCACGCCAUGACCCUCAUGAAUCCAGAUUACGCGUUUAACGAAAUCGACAUCCUUGCUGAUCGCAACAAUCUACGCACACUUCUCGAAUUUGUACAAGGCAAGACCGUCGGCCCAUUUAGACUGGAUUUGUAUAUGGUCUUCGGUACACUGGUGAUCGUAAGACGCGAAGACGGCUUCUGGCGUCGCUCUGAUGGGAAAAACUACGGCUUCAACUUCGAGAAACACUUCACUUCUCCAGCGCCAGACAUGACCGACGCGACUUCACACUACCGUGCAAUCAGGUACUACAUGGGUCCUUUGAACGUCGUGUGUCGCUUCGAAGCAGACGCUUGUGUCGACACUGCGAACGACACAUUGUCUGAAUCGGAAGCCAACUCUGUUAUACCGCCCGUACCAAGGGAGCCAGACCUCAUGGAACGCCCACACUUCACGUACCGUGCACCCUUCCGCGUUCUGCAGAAAGGCCACUUGGUCCCUGGCUCGCAAAUGCUCGAGCUGAAGACCCAAGUCGAGAAAACGCGCGAAGACGGCCAAUCGCUCGUGUCCUGUCAAGACCAGCUCUGGUUCGGCCGCACUACGCACCUGUACACCGGGCGCUACGAGGCCGGCACAGGUAGGAUCCUGAAGAUCAAACAAGAAGACGCUACGGAGCGAGUGAAGCGCUGGGAACAGAAGAACCAGCAAGACCUUCAGAAGCUCGUUGGGCUUCUGAUCACGCUGAAGAGUAUGUUGAUGCAGCAGCCAGGGCCGCUGAGAGCUGCGAUCUUGGUGAGGGAGGAUCCCAGGGGCCCCGUCACGCUGCACGAGAUGCUGGACAAGCAGAAUGUCGUGCAAAGACAGUUUUUCGAGCGCCAUUGGAUGAGGAAUCUUCGGCCGAGGCAGUAUGCACAGAAUAGUGGGAGAGGUGGCCAGUACGGUGGCGGCAGAGGGAGAGGCCAUGCUGAUGCGCAAAGAGCACCGGUUAAUGCGCAGAGAGCACAGUCGUAUCGACCGCGGAGCCCUGUGCGAAAGUUCCUCUCGAAUCCUAACUACAGGCGUUUGAAUAUUGAUGCGCAACCGAUGACUCGCCAAUAUGCUAGUCACGAUGCGCCUCAACGAGGCACAGGGCCCCAACGUGGUAGAGGUAAUGCAUCGCGAAGAGGGAGGGGUAGUGUUGAACAGGGUCAAGGCUAG